UACUCUAAUUGAGCAUUGGAUUUCAAAUUUUUUCCAAUGUAUACUCUUGGAGUCUUUGUUCUUCUAUCUUUCACCAUCUUCAUCUUUAAAUUUGUUUACUCCAAUUUUUGGGUUCCAUGGAGAAUUCAAACUCACUUCCAAAAGCAAGGCAUAACAGGGCCUCGCUAUCUCCCCAUCAUCGGUAACGCCACCGAUAUGCGCCGUAUGUACAUGGAGGCACAAGCAAAGACAAUUCCAUUAACCCACGAUAUAAUUUGUCGAGUUCUACCUUAUAUUCACCAAUGGUCCAUGGAGUAUGGAAAGAUGUUUGUGUAUUGGUUUGGACCGAAGCCGAGACUAACGAUAUCCGACCCGGUUAUGAUUAAGGAAAUACUUACAAAUACAGGUGGGCCUUUUAGAAAGGUGGGGUUCACCCCAGUUUCCAAGUUGCUGUUUGGAGAAGGACUUGUCGGACUUGAAGACGAACAAUGGGUUGUUCACCGAAGAAUUGCAAAUCAGGCUUUCACCAUUGAUCGUGUCAAGGGGUGGUUACCAGAAAUUACCUUAAGUGUUCGUAAUGUGUUGGAUAAAUGGGAAGAAAUGAAGGAAGGUAUGGAAGAGUUUGAAGUAGACGUCCAUAAACAACUUCGUCUCCUCACAGCAGAUGUAAUUUCAAGAACUGCAUUUGGAAGUAAUUUUGAAGAAGGCAAACGCAUUUUCAACUUGCAAGAACAACAAAUGAAUCAUUUUCUUCAAGCUGUCUCAAGUGUUUAUAUUCCUGGCUAUAGAUUUUUACCUACCAAGAUGAACAGAGAGAGGGAUAGGCUAGAAAAAGAAACUCGUGCAUCAAUAAAAGCACUAGUUGAAAGUGAGAAAAACAGAAAAGAAAGGGAAAACUCAACUAAUCUACUCAGCCUCUUAUUGUCAUCAUACAAGAAUCAGAAUGGGGAAAUAGAAAAUCUUGAAGUGGACGAAGUUGUAAACGAAUGCAAGACAUUCUAUUUUGCAGGAAUGGAAACAACUGCUAAUCUUUUAACUUGGGCACUUUUACUACUAGCAGAGCAUCAAGAAUGGCAAGAUCGAGCUAGGGAAGAAGUUAUCAAUGUUUGUGGCCAAAAGACACCGCCUACAGCAGAUAAUUUAACCGAACUAAAACUUGUGGGCAUGAUAGUCAACGAAACACUUCGACUUUAUCCACCGGCGAUUAUGAUGAUGAGGCGGACAAUGAAACGACUAACACUAGGAAACAUUGAUGUUCCGGAAGGCACACAACUACAACUUUCAGUGGUUGCAAUCCACCAUGACAAAGAGCUUUGGGGAGAAGAUGCACACAACUUCAACCCUAUGAGAUUUAGUGAGCCUAGGAAACAUCUUGCUUCAUUUCUACCAUUUGGAUUGGGUCCUAGAAUUUGUGUAGGACAACAUUUGGCUUUGAUCGAGGCUAAAGUUGCAUUGGCUAUGAUAAUCCAGCGCUUCGCUUUUACAAUUUCUCCAACCUACACGCAUGCCCCUAUGAUGUUUGUAAGCUUAAACCCUCAAUUUGGUGUUCAACUCCUUGUUAGGAGCUUAUGGAGUUGAUUAUAUGUCACUCUUCAAAUAAUUAUUAUGAAAAGAAAUCAACUUUAUUUCUACUCAUUUUCAUCAAUAAAUAAUUUGUUGUUUCAAA